AUGUGGGUCCGUGGCGCAGUGUGCCUGGCAACGCUCGUCUCGACGGUUCUCAGCGUGGCCGACGAGACCCCACCGUCCCAGCCUCUGGGUCGGGAGUCUGGGCCCAUGGACGAGGAGACGCCGGUGCUGAUGCCAGGGAGCAUCUCCCAAGACCCGCAGACUGCGGUGGCAGCAGCGCGGGGUCAGGGGCAGCAGGCCGCUCCAGCAGUCGACCAGGCGCAGUCAGCAGCCCCGCGCGCGGGAGGUCGUGCCAGCGGCCUCCGCCCUCCAUACAAGCCGCCUCCAGGGCUGCGAACGUCAGGCAGCCGCGGUCGUCGGCCCGGCGCGGCCAACGCCACGGAGGCGAUCGUGGCAGAGCGUCGACGCCAGAUGGGCAUGCCGGCACCACCGGUCAAGCCGCCACCGCCGACUCUCAAGGCAGCGCAGACGGCUGGGCCAGCGGGGGCGCCGCCCGAGGCGAUCGUCGCGUACGUGCAGGACAGGACUCCAGUUGUCAACCAGGCCUACAUGGACGCCCUGGCUCACGGGGCGCGGGCACCCGCCGGAGUCAACUGGAACGGCGGAGCCGCUGGGGACGACAGGCAGUCCGCGGCCGCGGCGGCUCGCCGGGCGGCGGACUCAGCCGAGCGCGCAAUAGAGCUGCUGGAGGCACAAGGAGUCGUUCCAGGAGCAGCCAACCUGAACGCAGUCAACCAUGCCGAGCAGCUGCUGCAGACCGUCUCCGUUCAGCUCCAACAGUUGCCUCACGGACGGGAGAACCUCGGCCAGAUGCGGGACGCGCUCAACCGCGUGUACGAGCAGGUGUCCAUCCUCCAGGCCCAGCCGAACUCGUCGGCCGAGGCGUACCAGCAGGUGCUCCAGGGAGUGACUCAGAUUCGGCGCAUGCUGGAGGGCACGCUCGAGCCGCGGGGCGAUGCGAUCGACCAGGUCGGACAGGACGUUGUGAACUUGGCGGCGCAAGUCACCAACCUCGAAGGCCAGGUGAACCAGGUCGGGCAGUUGGUCAUGACAACUGCCAUGCAGGUGGCCGGGCUGUGCAGGCAGUGGGACAAAC